UGCCCCUGGCACCAGAGCUGCAGCUGGAGUCUCUGAACUGCACAACUGUGGUUUUGCGUUGGCAUCUCCCAGCGGGCAGCGCCACUGGACUGCAGGGCUACAAACUUUCCUACCAUGAAGAGAGUGAACCAGUAGGACCGCCGACCCAGAUUCCCCCUCACCACCGCCAGCACACCAUUGGAGGCCUGGAUCCAAGAAAGAAGUACCAUGUCAAGCUCUUGGCCUAUAGUCUCAUGGGUGAAGGAUACCAGGCAGACCAGACCAUCAGCACACCGGGAUGUGUUUCGGUCCGUGAUCGUCUGGUCCCGCCCCCUCCGCCGCCUCAUCACGUUUACUCCCGCAGUAACUCCUCCUCCUCGGUGUUCCUGCAUUGGGCCCGACCCGCUUUCACCGGCGGACAGACGGUCAACUACACGGUGCGCUGUAACCCGGUGGGACUGCAGAACGCCUCGCUGGUGCUGUACCUGCAGACUGCGGCCCAGAGUCUGAUGGUCACUGAUUUGGACCCAAACACCAAUUAUGAGUUUGCAGUUCGUCUUCAUGUGGAUCAGCUGUCCAGCCCCUGGAGUCCUGUGGUUUAUCAGACCACACUACCUGAAGCUCCCACUCGAGCUCCUGCAGGAGUGAAAGUCACUCUGAUUGAGGGAGAGACGGCGCUGGUGUCAUGGAAACCGCCUGACGAGCUCAACAUCGCCGUGACUCGUUACACCAUCCUGUACGCAUCACGCAGAGCCUGGGCCGCCGGAGAGUGGCAGAUCCUGCAGAGAGAAGGGAGCAUCACGAUGGCCCUGCUGGAGAAUCUUCAGUCCGGUCAGGUGUACCUGGUGAAGGUCUCAGCGUCCAAUCAGAUGGGAGACGGGCCGUUCUCACCUGCAAUAGAACUGACCGUGGCUACAGACGGACACGCCCCCCGAGCACACGGCUCCGCCCACGGCACUGUGUUUUCUGAUGGUUUCUAUCACCUGGAUCAGAGGUCAAUGACGGGGAUAGUGGUGGGCGUGUGCAUCGCUUUAACCUGCAUUAUCAUCUGCAUCCUCAUACUGGCCUGCAGGAGCAAAACCAGGCAAUCUUCCACUACCAAAUCCAUCAGACAAGCAGGAGGACAGACUCCGCCCACUGCUGUCCGUCUGGCCAAUCAGAGUCAAGCUGAGAGUGUGGAGGUGAUGAUGCCCAUGAUGAGGGAUCAAUUCAUAGAUGCAAAGGGCGGAACAAAUCUGAUCAUUAACAGCUAUGGACCAGUGAAGCCCACCACUGAGAAGAAGAAACGAAAGAGAUGGAACUUCUUUAAGAGGGAUAACAAGGAUGUGAAGAGGGUCUCCAGUCCAUCUUACUCCUAUCAUCAUGGCACCACCCUGCUGUGUUACACAGAAACCUCUCCUCCCCAGAGCACCCAAAAAAAGAGCUGCUUUAAAGAACUCAGAGACACCUUGAUGUCCUGA